AUGGCUCUUGAAGCUUUGAACUCACCCACCACAACGACACCUUCGUUUCAGUAUAAGAAUAGCCAUCUCCGGUAUUUUGAGUCGUGGGCUAAAGGGAAGCGCUCCAAACGACCACGUGGUAUGGACCGCCCACCGACCGAGGAAGAGUACCUUGCUCUCUGCCUUAUCAUGUUAGCUCGCGGCGGCGCUUCCACCAGCAACGCCACACCCACCGUCUCGCAUCGCAACCACUCGCCACCACCGAUGCCGCCGUCAACAUCUUCCAAAUCAAAGCUAGUAUACAAGUGUUCAGUCUGCAGCAAAGCUUUUGGGUCUUACCAAGCUUUGGGAGGUCACAAGGCCAGUCACCGAAAACUCGCCGGAGGAGGCGAUGAAAGUUCCACCACCACCUCUACCACCACAGCCGCCACAACCAAUAGUACUGGUGGCAGGACUCACGAGUGCUCCAUCUGUCACAAGUGCUUUCCAACUGGUCAGGCUUUGGGAGGACACAAGAGGUGUCACUAUGAAGGCGGCGCAGCCCAUGGCGGUGGCAACAGCGCCGUAACCACAUCGGAAGGUGUGGGGUCCACAAACAGCCUCCGUGGAUUUGACCUCAACCUACCUGCUCUGCCGGAAUUUUGGCCUAGUUUCAACGACGACGAGGUCGAAAGUCCUCAUCCGGCGAAAAAAUCUCGUCUGUCGCUGCCUGGGAAAGUUGAAAUCUAUCAAAAUAAAUAG